AUGCUUGCGCGUGCUUGCGCUUGUCUUGUUCACGAGGCGGCGGAAGAGGAGAGUGAGAGCGCCUGCGCUGCCGAAGAGGAUCCACCGGACCAGCUUGCUGCCGUUCUGGCUGUCCGCUCACUGGCCAAGUUCUUGCAGAAGAUGCGGACGGAGCGCUUGUCGGGAAUCCUGGUCCCGUUGAUUCAGCUGCUGCUGUGGCCAGCAGUGCCCGCAGAGAUCGCAGAGAGCAAGGAGCCAGCGAACGACAAGACGAGGGCUGCGGUUAAGGCUUUGGCCGAACUGUGCACAGCCUGUGGAGUGGAGGAAGCGGCGCUCGCAACCUCCGAGGUGUCUGCACAGCAGCGUUUGUCAGAGAGGCAGAUCUGGCUCCGAGAUUGCACCGGCGCGGAUCUGUUGGGCAAGGAGAAGGGAAUCAGCAAUCCUUUCCAUGGGGCCGUCCAGGACAUGCUCCACGACCAGAGCAUGAUAGGCCUUGAGACCACUGAAGGGUCGCGACGGUGCUGCUGGGCGAACAGCAGCGAAAGGCACGAUCGCUGGGAUGAUGGGCCUGUGCAAGUGCGAAG